CUGCAGGCAAAUUUCUCCGACAACAUCCAUGACCGGUACGAUGGCGGCGGCGCCGCCUUGUUUUCGUCCGCCCCCGCUUACCCCCGAACAAAAGGCAAGCUGGAUUACUUUGGCACAGAAAGCAUGCCAAGAGACAGUGCGGAAUGCCAUGACGAUGGACGCACGGCCGAUUGACAGCGUCGUUACAAACCCGCGAACACAUCGACGGGCAAGACUGCGCAAGGGAGCUGAUGCAACCAACCCAGCCCUUGAAGGCGUGAGCGCGUAUACCCAGCUGCGUGCAACGCUGUCCGAAAUCGCGGCGUUCUUCGAUUCGAGUGGAACGACGCCAUCCCAAGCCAAGGCGUAUGCCCGUGUUCUUGGUGACGCUGUGCUCGACCGCCAAACGCUCUAUCGACUUGUGGAUCGACCGACUGCAUCACAACGUCGUGGUGGAAAGGUCGACCACAGCAUCAGCGUGGAAUGGGCCGUAUGGGGUGCGCCAUUGGGCUUUGCGCCGCGAGAUGCCGUGUUCCUAGACUGCCAAGACGAGUUUCUCUUUUGCGAGGAAGCAUCCGGGCGGCAAAGACGAGGCUGGAUUCGCGCGAUUCACUCCAUCGACGUCCCUGGGUGCGGCGACUUGUGGUCAACGCACCGGAUUCGUCGAGUGCACGUCUACCGCUCGGGCCACGUUUUCGUGGAAGCGCAUGAGGAAGGGAUGUUGGACUGCUAUCAUGUCCUGGUGGCGUCGGCGCCUUCGUUGCGCAUGCCGAAAGUCGUACAGGCGAAAUUGAUGAAGGCACAUGUCGCCCAGGUGUUGCACCUCGAGGAACACUUGAUUGUGCAUCGAAUGCUUGCGUUGGAGCGGCGGCGGCCAAGGUCCACGCUGUCUGACGCCAAGCAGAGAACAAUUUGCGGUUUGUGCGACGCCAGGUUCGGCUUCUUUGCGCCACGCCAUGGAGCAUGCCGUGUUUGCCGACAGGUGCGUUGGAAAUCACACGAACAAUUGAUCAUGGGCCGUCUAGGCCGUGUGCAAACCGUGUAGCCAAGAAUGGAGGACCGGCGACUCUUUGGACGGGACAGUCACGCUGUGUCUGGCAUGCGCCGACACACUGGUCGAAGAAAACAUCCAGGAAAUGCCCCGUGGCGCGAAGGACGUGUCGCCCGGGGAUACAAGUCCGCCUGUUGUGCGUCGAGCGUCCUAUGCAGAGCACCAGCGCCAUGAUCGACAACGGAAUGCAGCGCCGGAUGGAACGUUUACGUUUCUCAGCUCAACGCGGUCGAUGCGACACACGGUUUUAGACGCGGAGGCGUUGGAUGACGUGACAAAGAUGACCAAGGACUGGCAAGUAAUUGGAGCUGCGACCAAACGCUCUGCACUUGCAACAGACGAACUUCCAUCCAUGACGGGGCUCCAUCAUUCGUACGCGACCGUCGACGAAGACGACCUCGAUGCCGCUCUCGACGACGUCGUGCGCUUCAUGCUGGAGACCCCACUUCAAGCACGAUAUCCGGAAACGUAACCGGACCUAUCCAGCCAGCAUUAAUUUAUUUUUUCCUACAAAUCCCCAGGGUUGAAAUAUAUAUAUAUAUUGCAACCGCCAUACAACCAAGCUCUCGGUGGACUCGAUCGUGGCGGCAUCACAUCCAUCGCUUGGCCUUUUUUGCAUGCCGGCGCAACGCGAUCGGCGGAGGAAGCUGUGCCACAGACACUUGGGCUAUGCUGUCUUGACGCAGCAGCGUGUUCAUCGCCAUGAGCGCAUGCUUGGGCGAUGCAAAUUGAACCCAAGCUUCGCACAGUUUGGUGGGCUGACUGGACGUUCCUGUCCGCGUCGACACAUCGUCGUCACCAGGGGCAUCGUCACCAACAUCGCCAUCGUGGGUCAUCGUCUUGUCGGUACUGGAUCUACUCGUGCGGCCUUUUCGCGCCCCGUCGUCAUCCGACCCGUCGCCACCAUCAACGAUCAAAUCCAACACGGGCACUGGCGUCACGACGCUCUACAUGACAGCAAUCGCCUACUGACGCCGUGCCAGAUGAACGUACUUGGAUGCCUGACCACGUGCAUGGCGCCGGACUUGCCACAUGAAGCCACAACAGCUCGUCGUCGCUGGAAGCAACAGCGGGUGCUUGCACAGGCAUCGGAGGUGUCCUACACAUUCAACAUGACUCCACAGCGUGCACAUGACAAAAGAGGCAACGGCGGUCAGCAUGCAUAUCGUCAUGAACGUUGAUAGAAUAUCGUACGGGUAGUAUGGUGUCGACAUGAGGUGGGCGAAUUGACUUUCAACCGCUCGUAUGUCCUGUCAAA